CUACACCUACGAUUGAUGGACAAGUGCUCCGUCGCGCGAUGUUCAGGCAUACAUACUCUAACAACUCGAGAAACUCAACUUGCUUUUUUGGACUCCACUGUCUUGCGAAAUUGAAUGGGGAAGCUAUCCCUGGACACUUUAUUAGGAAUCCGUGAUCGACAAGAUCACGCCCGUUCGAGCUGCGAUGGAAGCGCUGUUCAACUUGCAUUUCAACUCGGCAAAGACCUUGCCUUGUAGCGUUUCUCGUAACACACCUUCCAGUCUUCGUCCAUUUCAGUUUCAAGUUUCACGGUGCACACACCCUACCUCUCGCUGGCCCCUGCGUAAUCGCAAUAAUAGUUUUCUUCGGCUAUCAUCGAGUCUGUCGCGACGAGAUACUCGAUCACCUUGCGUAUUUCCCAUCCACACCAUGUCGCCGUCUAACGAUGCAUCCACUACGCAGCGGGCUGCGUCUGAAGCUGUCUACGAACCCAUCCCGUACCCUUCGCCUGACGCUGCAUUUGGCGUGGAACCUGGCGGGUGGAAAUCUAUCACAUACGACAACAGCCAGCCUUCCUCUGAACCGGACAUCACCUGGUUUCCUUCCAAUCGUUUCAGAGACAUUCAGCCUGCUCCUCAGCAUCAGCAUGGCCAGCAUCUCAUACCAGACCCUCACACUAUGGACGGGCCCCAGCCGCCGCAUCUCGCUCGACACUCUUACUUCACAAAUAUCUCCCACACCAUUCAUCAGCCGCCCUCUGCAGAGCAAUCCUACUUAUUCCUGCACAGCCAACCCGCCGACGGUACUACACCCCCAGAACCUGCCUCCAUGACAAAUGCACUAAACGACGAUGCCUCUGCGGUCGAUUCAUACUUCCGUCGCCCACCCGCCGUCAUCAGGGUCAAUCAAGCUUGCGACAAGUGCCGCGAGCGCAAAGUGAGGUGUUCUGGCGGCCACCCCCUCUGCGAUCGGUGCAAGUCUCGCGGUCUUCCCUGCACUUACACAUCUGGCAAGAGUACUCGUAGUACUAGGGGUGUUGGCGGUGAGAAACGACCUCGUCUUCGUAAGACCAAGACCGAACACCACCCGUACGCCGCCCCUCCAGUACUCUUCGCACGGUGGGCGUCCACGGAUGCUGUCCCUACGAACGCUUCGCUAGGUCGUUCCUUCGAACCCGUGCCACCCCCGGCACCGCCAAUUAUCGGCCAAGCUUUCGUUCAUCACCAAAUCCCCACUUUCUCCGCCGUAGUCGAACCCCCUCAGGACGCAGCAUUGGCGCUCCCUGAACCGAAAGGGCAGAACAUGGAUUGGGUAGAGUCGGUGAUCGACCCCGCAUUACGCGGACUUAGUGACUCCCACUCGUAUAGCUCCAUGUUCAACGACAUUAUCGACGUCUCUCAGACCGCUGCCGCAAGCGAUCACCCAGUAGCGAAGAUGCUCCACCCUAUCAUAACGACCGAUCUCAAUGUGCGACGGACGAGUAGCAGUGAGAGCUCUGCCAGCUCCUGCCCCUCCUCGACCACCGAGUCUCAUUUCAGUUUCUCGUCCGAACACUCCUCUGAGUACUCCAGGCCGACUUCUCCGGAAACGAUGAAAGCCCUUGAAAGUGCCCUUAGCGCUGUCAUUAUGAAGGCUGAUCCCACCCUGAUCCGAGUCCACGAUCCCUCGCACGACAACACCCUCGAUUCGGCGCCACAGUCGCACCCAUGGCCCUCUCGAGCACCCUCUCCCUUCGAUCAUACGUCCCCGCCGCCACUUUCGCACAAGGAUGGCCGAACCAUCACGUCGUCCGAGACUAUCAAGGCAGACAGGCCUGGAGGACUGGACACAUGCGUUCGGGAGGAUGAACGGGGUGUAGGCUCUCAGGGCAGCCAGAGUGGGGAGUACCAAGCCGGAAGAGAAGGUGAUAUGGUGCUCCAGUACCCGGAGGGGUUUGACGAACCUACCUGUCUACAUGCACGAUCGACGGUGAACACCAUUGUUCCCUCACCAUCGCUCGAUUGAGAUUUGCAAGCGGCAUGGACACCUUGACUAUUAUUCUUUUACAU